AUGUAUGCCAUCUUGGACGACCAAAGCAAUAGGUCACUGGCAAGGACAGAAUUCUUCAACCUCUUUGAUGUCCAGGGAGAGAGUUCGCCAUAUACCCUCAAGACAUGGGCUGGAACAGCAGAAACCACAGGAAGGAGAGCCUCUGGGUUUCUGGUUGCAAAUAUUGAUGGCAGAGUGAAACUACCUCUCCCAACCCUGACUGAAUGCAAUCAGAUGAUCAACAACAGGAAGGAGAUUCCGACACCAGACGCUACACGUCAUCACCCAGAUCUAAAGGCUAUAGAGAGCCUCAUACCUCCAUUGGAUGCGGAAGCUCAGAUUCUGCUUCUACUGGGAAGAGACAUCCUGAGAGUCCACAAGGUGCGUCAGCAGUGCAAUGGGCCUCCUGAUGCGCCCUUUGGUCAACGACUAGACCUAGGAUGGGUGAUCAUAGGAGACGUCUGCCUAGGUCGCACAUGCAAGCGGGACUGUGUCACCAACUUCAAGACAAACGUGCUCGAAAAUGGACGACCCUCCCUUUUUGAACCAUGCCGUAACCAUUUUCUCGUCAAGGAGAAAUUCACUGGUCCCGUCAAUCCAACCCAGCACGUACCACCUAACCAAGGUGUACCCAUCAAAAGCUACUCUGUCGAAGAAACGACAGACACGUUGUUCCAGACGACGAAGGACGACGACCAACCAGCUCCAUCGGUGGAGGACAGAAAUUUCCUAAACAUUAUGAACAAUGAAGUCUUCAAAGAUGAGUCAUGCAGUUGGGAAGACCCUCUUCUUUUCCGCGUGCCAAGACCUCGGCUUCCUAAUAAUAAGGAGCUUGCACAGUCUCGUCUUGCAUCACUGCGACACACACUGCAGAAGAGACCACAGAUGAAGGAGCAUUUUGCGACAUUCAUGGACAAGAUGUUCAGGAAUGGCCUCGCAGAAGCCCCACCGCUAAGAGAAGAAGAGGAAUGCUGGUAUCUUCCAAUCUUUGGUGUGUAUCACCCACGCAAACCAGACGAAACCAGGGUCUUGUUCGACUCAAGUGCUCAGUUCAAGGGAACUUCUCUGAAGAAUGUUCUUCUCACAGGACCAGACUUGACCAACAGCCUGCUGGGCGUCCUGAUUCGUUUUAGGAAAGACCUCUUCGCUGUCACCGUGGACAUUCAGCAGAUGUUCUACUGCUUCCUGGUACGAGAAGACCACCGAAACUACCUGAGGUUCUUGUGGUUUCGCAACAAUGACAUCCACGACAAAGUGGUGGAAUAUCGGAUGAGAGUGCAUGUCUUUGGUAACAGUCCAUCACCAGCAGUGGCUACAUACGGACUCCGGAAGACAGCACAGGAAGGAGAGGAAGCAUUUGGAAAAGACGUCAGGGAGUUCGUCCGAUAG